UUGGGCUGGGAACGUGGCCGAGGAGAGGCGGGCGCAGGCACUCUGGGACUCCAGGGCGGCCUGCGGCGGGCGGAAAGGAGGGGCGCCCGGGCUCGAGUGUUAGCUCAGCGCCACACCGCUGCAUCUGGCCCCCUGGCGCGCAAUCGAGCUUGCUCCCCACUUGGGCUUCAUGGAUUCUCAAUCCAACUGCGUGGUGGUGACCGCCACAGGUUGGAUCCACCAAGAUGCAGCGUCUCCCUUUAUCAGGACAACUGUGAAGGGAUGAGAAAGAGGUGACAUUCCAACCAAGAAGACUCUGGAGAAUAAUUCCAAGGAAAUACAUGAGAGCUCUCCAAGUUGGGCCUGGGGACUGAUAUGGAGGUGGAGCUACGAACUCUGCAGUUGCCUGUAGAUUACAGGGAGGCAAAGCAGAGGAUCACCAGAAUCUGGGAAGAUUGCCAACCACAACUUGCCGUGCAUGUGGGAGUGGACACUUCUGCCAAAGUGAUUUUUCUGGAACAGUGUGGCAAGAACAGAGGUUACCGGGAUGCUGACAUCCGGGGCUUCCGACCUGAGGGUGGUGUGUGCCUACUGGGUGGCCCGGAUGUGAUCGAGUCGGUGGUAAGCAUGAAGGCGAUCUGCAAGCACGUUGCUGUGCAGGAUGUUGAGGUGACCUUUUCCCGAGAUGCGGGCAGGUAUGUCUGUGAUUAUGCCUACUACUUCUCUCUGCAUCAUGGAAAUGGGCAUGCGGCGCUCAUCCACAUCCCUCCACUGUCCCGUUGGCUCCCUGCCAGUCUGCUGGGAAGAGUCUUGCAAGUCAUUAUCCAGGAAAUGCUGGAAGAGAUUGGGAAAGCCCAGGUGCACAGCCUGGUUUGCAGAAAACCAAACAGCCAAAAAGAAGCAACUGGGGGAUGUCUCCUUUAGAGAAAAUUAAACGCUUCAAUGCUGUGUGUAAAGUUCAACUGUGCUUUGAGAGGCUUUUAAAAAAUUGCUUGUAAAACAGUUUACACAGAGGGAAAAAAAUUCUGAAUUAGCCCAACAAAAUCACAAAGAGUUAUUUUAUUGUCAGAAGAAAAAAGAAAAAAGAACUCUCUAAAAGGCGGACGUUACACAAGGGAUUAACUAGGUUCAGUUAUGGUUUUCAUGGCAAUGAAAUGAAAUCCCUAGCAAUUUUUUUCUUCCAAAAGGCACAGCAGUGGGGCUGUAUGAUUCUGCCCAGAUUGCUAGGCCCACAGACCCAGUUUGCAGAGGCCAUGGAAACUCAGGUGCAGCUGCUGCUCCAGGUGCCCUCUGCCUGGCCUCCAAAUUUACACAUCUAGGCCCUGUGAGCAGCUUUGGAGCUACCAAGACUCUGGUGUUUGGUUCUCCCCUCUUUUGCUGCUCAUUUUAACCAUUUUACUUUUUUUUUUUUUUUUUUUGGUGGUGGUGCUGGGGAUUGAACCUAAAGUAUAGUUUAGUGGCAUUCACUACCUAUGCAUUGCUGUGCAACUAUCACCACCAUCUAUCUCUAGAACUUUCUCAUUAUCCCAAAUAGUACCCAUUAAAGACUACCUACCUAUUCCUUUCCUUUCCCCAUGUUAUUGUUUAGAUCUGGAAUGUCCCUCAAAGUCUCAUAUGUUUAGGACAUUGUUAACAUUAGAAUCCUCUGCCCCAGAGUCACGCAGAUCAAACUUGUCUUGGCUUGACUUUUGUCAGUGGAAGGUCUAGGGAAAAAGCCUAUAAAUCAGCCAAAAAUGAAGUACAGAUUUUGUAUUUUAUGUAUCCAAAUUUUCUUCCAGUCAAUUUAAUGGGGGUGAGAAAGAGUAGCUUCCCUGACUUCACCGGCAAUUUGCAUGCCCAGAGUGUUCAGCUGUCACAAAUAAGAUGAUGCUUUCUCAGGGAACACUUGCAAGCGACAUGUGUAAACACACAUGCUGCCUGGAGCUCUGCUCCCUUGCCACAUAAGUGUGGUGAUGCUUCCAGAAAGGGAGGAAACAAAACUGGAGUCAAAAAGUGCAUACAGAAUUCUUUUAUUUAACUUAAACCAUGUAGUACUUUAACUACUAGAAAAAAGCAGAGUAAGAGAAACUAAAGUUGCCUUAGCGUCAGCCAUUCAAAAUAGACAAAGUUUCUUUUUAUCCCCCAUAAUGUAAAGAAUCCAGAGUAUAUCGAUAACAGGAAUAAUUCUUACAACAGAAUAUACAAAAACAUUUUGAAAUUUUUUUCAUCUACUGAUUUUUUUAUAUAAACAGAGGAUUUCUUAGGAAUAAUUUAUACACAGAAAGUCAUUUUAUGUAACAAAUUGGCCAUGUUAUUACCUUUUUUUAAAACUUUUUUAAAAAACCUUUUUUAAACAAGAAACUCAGAAAAUGCAUUAUUUGCGAUGCAUCCAUUCCAUCGCGCCUUCUGUUUUUUUGUUUGAUUUUUUAAUUCCAGAGGUAGACAAACUCUGGCAAACCUCUCACCUCAACCUCACUGGCUUAGAAAGCAGACAGGUGUUUUUGCCAGGCAUCUAUUCUACCUGUGGAUGUGUCUGCACAACACCAAACAUCCAAAUCAGAAGCUGAACACACACAAAAAAAUUGGUUUCUGAACCUUUCUCCUAUGGAGUGCAAAAAAUUCCAGAUGUUUCCAACAAUGGGGAUUUUGUGGAACUGUGUAGACAUGACCAGUUAUCAUUGGGAACUAGAGGACAUGGAGUCAAACUUAAAAAAAAAUACUGAGGUGUGCUGUACUUUUUAUUAAAAAGAAUUUGUUCUGUAUGGUAAAAACGUGUCUUCGGUGUUCUGCCUUAAAUAAAAAUAAAUAAGGUCUCUUCCUUGUUAGAACAAAGCAUUCGACAUGAUGUGAGGCACAGA